AUGUAAACCUUAUAUUGCGAAGACAAGGAACAUUUAGAUAAUCCUCUUAAUUUAUUUUGUUUAGAAGUUGAUUGCCAACAAAAAGGAUUGAUCUGUUCAUUUUGUUUGUUAAAAUCUCAUUAAGACCAUGUUAAGAAUGUAUUCCCUCUCAAGACUAUCAUUCAAAGUCUCAAUAAAGCUAAUAAUCCGAAGAAUUAAUAAGAAUUGCAUAAUAAGGGGAAUGAAAUAUUUGGAAAACAUCAUAAAAUUAAACAAACCUUUAGAUAAAACUUAAUUGAAAUAAAGGAAAUCCUCAACAAACUAGAAAGAGAAAUAGAGAAAUAAAUUAAGUUACUUGAUUUGGAGGCAGAUUUAUUUGUUGGAGAUGCAUUUGAAAAAUCAAUAUCAAUGUUGAAUAUGGAAAAAUUAACAAAAGUGUAGAUAGAAUAGGCAAUUGAGAAGAUUGAACCUCUGCUCAAAACAUGCGAUGGAUAACUAUGGAUAUUGAGAGAUACCGAAGUAAAUCAACAAGCAUAAAAACUCAUAAAAACAGCUGAGCUCAUUGAAAGAGAGAGUAAAUAUUGGUUAGAGAAAUGUUUGAAUGAUUUGAAGAAAUUACUUGAAACUUGUCAAAACCCAAUUAAAAAAUAAGUCAAGAUCUUGAGCAGUCAAAACAGAUAUCAAUUGACUUACGAAUAAUGGAAUUUGAAAGAGACUGAUGCCAUUUGUUUAAGAUCUAAAAGGAAACAUGAUAUUUGGCUUUCUGGUGUGGGAUUAUAUGAGAUUACUACUUGGCCAGAUUCGGAGUUAACUUUUUAAGUGCAGAUAUUCGAAGGAUCAAACUUGAAUAGUAAAAAACUAAUUUACUAAGAUAAGUUUGUUAUUAAGAAUGACAUGGAAUUUGUUAAUCAUAUUGGUAAAUUGUAUUUCACAAAGGCAAUUAAGAUUGAAUAUGACAAACCCUAUACUAUUGCCUUAACACCUAAUCAAAGUUGCUUAAGUUAUUAUGGAGCCAAUGGAAAAUUUGAGACUGAUGAAUUCCAAUUUGAAGAACCUACAUUCAGCCAAGAAUUCAGUGAUAAUUCAACAACAAUCAAUUAGGGAGUAGUUCCCUAAUUCUUUUACGAGGAGUGAGGUAUACUCAAAAAUAUUAUAAUGUAUCUUAUAUUUAUUC